GCAUAUCCUCCGGGAUGGAUUCCCUCCCCUCACCUCCAUUACCUUGGACCGGAGAGAGAGAGGGGAAAGAGAAAAUAAGGGGUUAGCUAAAAUGGCAAUGGCCACAGCAAGGCUAAUCCACCCAUGCAUGGUGGUGUCCAAGAGCCCAAGAACGCCACCAGCACCCUUCCUCCUCCACACCAAUAAGCCGCUGACCACCGCACUGAGCUCAUCGUUUCACUUCACGCUCCACUCCGUCGACGUCUCCAAGGACGACAAGCCGCUGGACGCGGCGCUCGAGACCAAACAAGAAGAUGCAACCGCCGCCGCCGCCGGCGACCUGGCGACGCCACUGCCGGGGGAGUUGGACGCGGAGGAGGACAGGCCGAAGCUUGACCCCCGCCGGUUUGAGGAGCAGUUCGCGGUGCUGAACACGGGGGUGCACGAGUGCCGGUCCUGCGGCUACCUGUACGACCAGGCGAAGGGAGACCCGUCCUACCCGGUGCCCUCGGGGCUGCCGUUCAACAAGCUGCCGGACGACUGGCGGUGCCCGACGUGCGGCGCGGCGCAGUCCUUCUUCGACAGCAAGAGCGUCGAGAUCGCCGGGUUCGCGCAGAACCAGCAGUUCGGGCUCGGCGGCAACUCGCUCACAUCUGGCCAGAAGACGCUACUCAUCUACGGAAGCCUCCUUGUCGGCUUCGCCUUCUUCCUCUCCGGCUACUUCUUGCAAUGAUUACCGAGCUAGGCGCCAUCCUUUGAUCCAUUCCAGGAGGCUUCUUGCAAUUAGUGAAGAGGAGAAACUAAGUAAGGCUGUUACCGGGUUAAUCUUGAUAAGUACUGUACUAAAUUUGUGUGUAUAGAUACCUAUUGCUUCUGCUACCAAGCGCCCAGCGAGGGGCGAUGUAUAGCAGAGGGGAAAUGGGACAUUUGUUUUGAGGUGCUGGCUAUAAUUUUCGUGUGAAUGCAGUUCGCGGACAAAUUUGGACUAGAA